AUGGAUAAGAAAACUAAAGCAGUGCAACUGAAAAAGAGGAUCGCCCUGGAGAACAUAAAAUCGCUGGAACGGUUCCAGGCGAAAUAUUCGAGUGAUGAUGCCAAGCAGAUUCCGGAGGUGUUAGAAGAUCUGGCGAAACAUAAGGAAGAGUUUUUCACCGCAGUUUCGAAACUGGAAGAGCUUGAAGAUAAAGACGAAGCGGUCGAAGCCAGCAUAAUGGAACGGAUCGACAUUGAAGAACGCUGUCGCAAGCUAAAAUCAUUUCUACGGGAAAGACAGCCAAAGGAAGAAGGUUCGCUCAACGAUACAACGGGCUUGGCUUCCUCAACGCUUGCAUUCGGUCGACCCGACGCGCCAAAUUUACGUUUGCCCAAAAUCGAACUUCCAACAUUUGACGGAGAUCACACAAAAUGGCUUUCUUUCCGAGAUCGCUUCAUCGCAAUGAUCGAUGCUUCAGCCGAGCUUCCAUCUAUCGCGAAGCUACAAUACUUACUGUCAUCGUUGAAGGGGGACGCGGCGGUACCCUUCGAGCAUACACCUUUAACGGCGGACAACUAUUCGGUUACCUGGGCGGCGCUUCUUAAACGGUACGACAAUUCUCGUCUUUUGAUUCGCGAAUACUAUCGCAAAUUGCACUACCUUCCGGGAGUGCAAUUGGUGUGCGUUGACAAGCUCACGCACCUGGUGGAUGAAUUCACCCGCUUCGUCAACGGGUUGAAAAAGCUGAACGAACCGGUUGACUCGUGGGACACACCCCUCUCAAACAUGCUGCUGAUGAAGUUGGAUCGAGAGACAUUGUUGGCUUGGGAGAAACAUUCCGUGCACUUCACGACGGACAAAUAUAAGGAUGUGAUCGACUUCGUGCAAGAUCGUAUCCAAAUCUUGAAAUCGACCAACAACUUCGUGAAGGAUCAAGCAGCUAGUGGUAUCAAGGUGGCCGGUCUCAUUCGUCAACCAGGGCAACGGAGAUUCAUCGCGAAUGCAGCUACAUCUCGCUCGGCUCCUGCUGCAUCGACUGCGCACACCCAACAGCCAAAGUGUCCAUUGGAGUGUUCCGAAGACCACACACUGCGCAACUGUCCAGUGUUCAUCGCCAAGGAGGUCCAACAGCGACGGGACGUCGUCGCAUCGAAGCGGCUGUGCUGGAACUGUUUGAGCAGCAAUCAUCAGGUUAGAGCGUGCAAGUCGGAUUAUUCGUGUCGCACGUGUCGUGAGCGUCAUCACACACUUCUACAUCAUUCACCACCCUAUGCUCCACCCGCAACGGUAACAUUGUCAGCUCAGUCGAAUGAAGACAAUGUGUUUCUGGCGACGGCAAACAUCCAGAUCAAGGAUGACUACGGGAACACCCAUGAAGCAAGGGCGUUGUUGGAUUCGGGAUCCAUGUCGAAUUUCAUCGCUGAGGAGUUCGCACGGAAACUGCUGACGAGUCGCAAAAGGGUCAACGUCGCUGUAUCGGGCAUCGGCAAUGCAGUACAGCAGAUCAAGGGUUCCAUCGUCGCUACCGUUCAGUCCAAGACACAACCCUUCGCAACGGAGAUGACUUUCUUGGUUCUGGACACGCCAUCCGCAAACAUCCCUACAUCACCAACGGACGUCUCUUCAUGGAAAAUGCCGGACGUGGCAUUGGCGGACAGCACCUUUAACAGUCCGGGGCAAAUCGACAUCGUCAUCGGAGGCGAUACGUUCUGGGAGCUCCACACCGGUCGCAAGCGCUCUAUCGGUAGAGGCAAACCGUGGCUGGUCGAAACCCACUUUGGUUGGGUUGUCACCGGCAACACUCAUCAUUCGUCAGUCGGUCCGCGGCUGUGCCAUCUAUCUGCAUACGACACCCCACUGGAGGAGACCAUGCAGCGGUUCUGGGAGAGUGAAACCAUAGCCGAGGAUCCUGUGCUAUCGGUUGAGGAGAAUGCUUGCGAGAAGCAUUUCGCAGCAACAACUGUUCGCAACUCAAGUGGAAGGUAUGUCGUUAGUUUGCCAUUUAACUCCAACCCUAAUAUCGUUUUAGGAGAGUCGAAGGAAAUAGCCGAUCGCAGACUGCGUUGUAUCGAACGGCGGUUGAACACCAAUGCUAAAAUGAAAGAAGAGUAUGUUAAAUUUAUGAAAGAAUAUGAGCGUUUGGGGCAUAUGAAGCGGCUUACCAGUCCUGCAAACGAUUCGGUAGAGCAUUACUACCUCCCACAUCACGCUGUCAUUAAGGAAUCAAGCACAACCACGAAGGUGCGUGUCGUGUUCGAUGCAUCCUGUACGACUUCGAGUGGUUACUCAUUGAACGACAAACUCUUAGUGGGACCAGUCGUUCAAGAAGAUCUUUUAUCGAUUAUCCUUCGGUUUCGUUCUCGUGCCAUUGCUCUCACUGCAGACGUAGAGAAGAUGUAUCGGCAAAUUUUACAUAGCCCUCAUGACCGUAACUAUCUGCGCAUCCGGUACAGAGAACAUCCUGCAGAUCCUAUAUCGACAUUUGAGCUACAGGCGGUUACGUACGGCACAGCCUCUGCUCCAUUUUUAGCAACCAGGACCCUAAAACAGAUUGCUCUUGACCACAAGGAAGAGUAUCCUUUGGCAAUGAACGCGGUCAUGAAUGAUUUUUACGUAGAUGAUUUGCUAACGGGUACCGAUGAUUUGUCCGAAGCAAUCGUUAUACAAAGGCAAAUCUCAGACAUGCUAAAUUCAGCUGGCUUCACGCUGAAGAAAUGGGCAUCGAACCGCUCCGAAGCAUUGAAGAACGUUCCUUCUGAAGAUGUGGCGGUACAACUCACGCACGAGUGGAAGAGCUCGAAACAAGUAUCCACGUUAGGCAUCGUUUGGGAACCGGCAACUGAUACACUACGGUUUCGUAUUGAGAUACCACCUACAAUACCCAGCAUGACGAAAAGGUUAAUUUUGUCAUAUAUCGCCAAGAUAUUUGAUCCCCUCGGUUUACUGGGCCCAACGAUCAUCAUCGCAAAGAUGUUCAUGCAGCAACUAUGGGCUCUCAAGAUUCAUGGAAAGGCAUAUGACUGGGACAGCGAGCUACCAUCGCACUUACAGCAUGAAUGGUCGAAAUUUCACUCUACACUAUCUUCACUACGCAAUUUGACAGUCCCACGGUACAUAUCGCAAUGCACGGCAACAAGUCUGCAAAUUCAUAUCUUUGCUGACGCAUCACAAAUAGCAUAUGGUGCUUGUUGCUACAUUCGGGCUGAAAGCAUGGAAGGAGUCACCGUGCAGCUGCUAACAGCCAAGUCAAAGGUCGUUGCGUUAUCCAAUUCACAUUCCAUAGCUCGAUUGGAAUUAUGUGCAGCACGACUAGCCACACUUCUUUACGAGAAAGUCCAGCAAUCACUGAAAAUUCCAUGUUCCAGGCUUCCAGGCCUGGAAGCAUGUUCCAGGCUCGGACAAUCCAGCAGACGACAUUUCGCGAGGUUUAACGCCGGAAAAGUUGCUAGUGUGUGAGCGCUGGUGGCACGGGCCACAUUGGUUAGCACGCAACUCGGAAGAAUGGCCACAGAACACACCAUCACCAAGCGAAGAUGAGCGCGCAGAAGAAGAAAAACUAUCGUCACGGGUUGCAAGCACAGCAUUAAUCUGCGAAUUUCGAAACAGUUUGUUCUCACGAUUUUCGAUCUACCACAAACUGCAAAGAGUUGUUGCACAUUGUUUGCGCAUUAUACAAAACGCAAAGCGCCGCGUAGGAAACAAGGUCCAUGCUAAGGAUAUCCCACCGCUCACUGUAGACGAACUCAAGGCGGCAGAACUCAAGUUGUGUUAUCUUUCGCAACAAGACACCUUUUCCGAG